CGGCGCCGCUUUGGCGGACGCGCACUCUAUAGUGCCGGCUUGUUGCUGCAUCUGAUGCCAUCUCACCGAGAGGACAAAAGCCAGACUCGUCUAGAAGUUUGCAUCCAACGAUGGAAAACGAGAAGCCGCCACCAUAUGUUCAGUAUCUCCCGGCAGAUGCUACAGUCACCUUGGUCGCAGCCGAACCAGUGCAGUCGGCGAGAUCUGAAAACAGAGCACGGUCAUCUUGGCGCACACACAAGAGAAUAUUCUUAUUUUGUGUUCCCGCCUGCCUGGCCGCCUCAAUGACUGCUUUGACACUGUUCUUAUUCCUUGGGAAGAAGUCAUCUUCAAAUGCAGAGAAUGUUAAAGCAUUGGAUCUACCUGACGUUGAGAACCUGGCUCUACUAUCAAUUGUGGGCAACUCUAUCGUGGUUACCUGGAAGCGUCCGGAAGCUCAUUUCGACUACUACUGGGUCAGCAUUAGGGAGCACAGUGGCAAAGGCAACGCUACCGUGAAACAGCACCAUUUGGGCUCGUGUGCCAACGGCACCAUCAUCCAUCCAACCCAGAACCGGGUCACCUGCAGCAACAUCGAUGCUUGCACGAACGUCAGCUUGAGUGUACGUACACACGAAAACGGACCACCAGAACGUACAUCUCGCGGAGCUGAAAUAGGAGGCAUUUUUAUUGCCGGAGAAGAUCCAGAUUCCCCGAAGAACAUCACAGUGGUAGGGAUAUCGCCUUCGCUCACCCGACUACAGUGGACGCCUCCGGCUACUUUGUCCCGCAUGCUUAGAUACACAGUUAAAUUGUGCGACAAUUUUACUUCGUGUAACGCAGACGAACCCUCUUCCGGUUGCAUAGACCAGGAGACGUCACAGACAUGGCUGACAUUUGAAAGCAAUGUGAACACGAAGUAUUGCGUCGUGGCUGUGGCAAGUGAAGAAUGCGGCCCCCACGCGCUUAGAAGUCGCCCAUCCGUAGCUGAAAUAUGGACACCUUCGUUUGCGCCACCUGAAAUUACUGACCUCCGCCUGGUUAACGUAGGAGAGAACAACUUCACCGUGGCGUGGAAGAGGCCCAUGGCGAGCUUUGACUACUACCGCGUGGUGCUGAACCAUAUUGAGCGCACAUUCGUACCUGCUGUAGCCGUGAAUGUGGGUUCAUGCGCAAAGGGCACAAUUCUUCACCCUGACCAGACGGAAAUGACCUGUAGCCAGCUUGAGCCUUGGAACACAUAUAUGUUUGAGUUGCAAACACACAUCAAUGGACCACCUGCACGAAGCUCCGAUGGCGUUAGAACGUUCAUUAACACGAACGAAAAAGCUGAAUACGAGGUGUCCAAUCUGAAGGUUGUAAACAUCACUGCAACAUCUUUCGCUGUGACCUCGGAACGGCCGAAAGACUGUAUCGAAUACUACACGGUAGAGGUCACUGACCACAGCAGUGGCAACAUCGGCGACAGACACUACAGUGUAGUGUCGUGCAACAAUGGAGCUGCUAUUAAUCCGAGACAGACAAGUGUCACCUGCACCAAAUCAGACACGUGCACCAGCAUCAGUGUCCGAGUGAAAACACACACCCGGGGUCCUCCGGAACAUGCUUCACCUGGAAUAACACUGGAUAAUGUCCUGCUACCUGGAACAGGGCUUCCCGAGGUGACCAACCUGAAGUUGGUAGCCGUCAAAAAUGACUCUUUCACCGUCACAUUGCAAGUGCCAAAGGACUGCGUAGACCGCUUCUAUUAUAACAUCACUGAUCACAAUUACCCUAGUCGUAAAGUUAAUGAAAAAGAAUGCGUUCAGGCGAGCACGAGCGAAUCAAACACUUUUCAGAUCACAUGCACUGGAGUUCAGGCGUGUGGCAAGGUGGAUUUCGGAUUGGGGUCGCGUAAAGACGAAGGACACAUACAUGACUCACCUGGAGUCGCGCUGCGCGGUAUCUUCAUCCGUAGUAAAUGUAAUGGAUAGUAUGUUCUGCCAAAAUGUUCAAGUUUCUUCUUAAAUUCACAUAAUACGUUGCCAGAAUGUUUAAGCAUAAUAGAAUCCAAUGACAGAAAAACAAAACGAAGCAUGUUUACUUUGUUGCUGUGGCUCUCGUGACAGCGAUAAAAAUUUACGUCAGGAAUAUUCGGCAAAAGAGUCAUAGCUGUAACGGAUUCCUUUGAUGUGUAAAUGAAUGCCGAUAUUGAGCGAGUACUGGAGCUCUAGGUGCUUGGUAACAAACUGGUUGCGGUAAAUGUUUUGCGAAAUAAUCAGCCAUUGCUCUUACGUAACCCCUUUUAUUUGUGGCGAUUAUUAUACUAGUAAUUCUGUCAGUGUAUUCCGAUAAAACUCUCGCAAAAAGCAUUCGUCAGGAAAGGCUCGAAAACUAAAGCAUUUCUUGUGCUUUAGAAAACACCAGCAUGAAGAAGUUUACCGUCAUAAAAGCAUAUAAUAAAUAGGACUUAAUAACUAUAACAUGACGAAAGAUUUUUCGAAUUUCUUAUGAUAUUCCUUCUUUAGCAGUCUGCUAUGGUCGUCUGAUACGUACUAGCCAGCUGACUCCUCUUGGCUAGCACGCAAUUUCCGCUUUAGCCUUACUUUCGAUGCUAGCAUAAGUGGCCUCUCGGUACCUAACAAACGCCAUGUAGACAAGCUCAAUAUUAAUAGAUGCUUUUCUGCCAACCAGCUUUCGAGGAAAGCUGACACCUCGCAACUGUUCAAUUCCUGUGUUGCCUACAUAGGGUAAACAUGUGGAUAACGCCAUGCAUAUAGCGGUUGUCACCACAAUAAAGUUGCUAAUUCUCGGUUUC